AUGGCUACUACAUCCGAUCAACGACCUUGGUGGACUUAUGAUGUCUUUGUAAGUUUUAGAGGUGAAGAUAUCCGUAAAAGCUUCAUGGAUCAUCUAUUCCAACAUUUUAACCAAAAAGGAAUUCAUGCGUUUAAAGAUGAUAAGGAUCUCAACCUAGGCGAARAGAUAUCUCCUAAUCUCGACAAAGUCAUUGAAGAAUCGAGGUUUCUGAUAGUUGUCUUCUCUAAAAAUUAUGCAUCUUCGUCAUGGUGUUUGAGAGAACUUGUAAAAAUUCUCGACUGCAAGGAGGCGAGAGAGCACAAACUGGGAGCUAUGCACAAGCGUUUGCCAAACAAUGAGAUGUCAAAUAGAACAGAGGUUGCUAAAUGGAAAGAAGCUUUACUCAUGGCUGCCAACUUAUCUGGAUGGGAUCUCCAAGACAUGGCAAAUGGGUUUGAGUCCAAAUUCAUUGCUAGCAUCUCGGAAGAAAUCUUCAAAGCAUUAUCUCAUGAAUCUUUGCAUGUUGGCGAGAAUCUUGUAGGGGUGGAUGCACGCAUAAAGAAAAUGAACUUGUUACGAUUUGUUGGGUCARAUAAGGUACACAUGAUAGGGAUAUGUGGUAUUAGUGGAAUAGGAAAGACAACCCUWGCCAAAGCUAUUUAUAACUCGAUGUGUAUCCACUUUGAGGAAUGUAGCUUUUGUGAAAAUAUCCAAGGAGUCGCUAAGCAACAAGGUCUAACUCAAGUCCAAAUGCAACUUAUUGGUAAAAUCAUGAAAGCAAGAGUUGUAGAGAUAUCAAGUGUUAGUGAAGGAAUUAUGGUAAUAAAGCAAAGGAUGCCAACGAAGCCAAUCCUACUUGUUCUAGAUGAUGUGGAUCAUCGCGAUCAGUUAGAAGCACUAGCGGGUUCACCUGUUUGGUUUUUCCUAGGAAGUUUUAUUAUUUUCACCGGUGAUGACAAACAGUUGCUAAGAUCUCAUAGAGUCGAUGAAAUUUAUGACAUGUCAAUUUUAACACAUUAUGAAGCUUAUGAGCUCUUUAGUUUGUAUGCUUUUGGGGAAAAACAUCCGCCAAAAGAUAUCAAAGAGCUCUCUUAUCAAGUUGUGUACUAUUUGCAAGGGCACCCUUUGGCUCUCAAAGUUUUGGGUUGUUUUUUGUAUGACAAGCCUAUGGAUGUGUGGAAAAGUGAACUAGAUGAACUUAGAACAUAUCCUGAUGUAGAGAUACAACAAAAACUGCGACCAAGUUUUGAUGGGCUAGACCUCAAUCGAAGAAGGACCUUUCUUGACAUCGCAUUCUCAUUCGUAGGGGAAGAUAAARAUUUUGUGGCAAGUGUACUAGGCAAAGACAAUUCCUUUGCAUAUGCUGAUUUGGAAGUACUAGUUAACAAGUCACUUAUUACAAUAUMACGAGAUGAUAAUUCACUUCAAAUGCAUUGCUUAAUUCAAAGCAUGGCAAGGAGAAUUAUACUUGAAGAAUUAGAGGUAAAGGAAGUCGGGAGCAGACUAUGGAAUUUAUCAGUAGUUUCUAAUGUAUUGAGCAAAAAUAAGGCAAUAGAAGCAGUCGAAGUUCUUGACCUUUUUCUCACAAGAUCUAGUAAAAACAUUCAUAUACACGGUGAAGCUUUCGAAGAUAUGGAAAAUCUACGGAUCCUAAAAAUUUGUGAAGUAGAACGUGGAAACUUUUGGAAGGACUCUAAGGUGAAUUAUUCUGGAAGGUUGAAAUCCUUAUCGAAUAAGCUAAGGUUGCUUUAUUGGUAUGGAUUCCCUUUCAAGUUCCCUUCAGAUUUUUAUCCAGAAAACAUUGUUGCCAUCGACUUGUCUUACAGUCACAUAAAAACUCUAUGGACAACACCUAAGUGUUUUGGAAGGUUGAAAGUGAUGAAGCUAAGGCAUUGUCGUAACCUGACAAAUACCCCUAAUUUCACAAGGAUUACGAAUCUCGAAGAGCUAUGUCUUGAAGGUUGUGUGAAUUUGGUUAAAUUGCACCCAUCUUUUGGAAUGCUCAAGAGGCUGCUUGUUCUAAAUAUGAGAUGUUGCAAACGUUUUAGGAGAUUCCCUUGCAAAGUCGAAAUGGAAUCUCUUGAAGUUUUGGAUCUCUCGGGUUGCUCAAAAGUGGACAAACUUCCGGAAUUCUUCGGCAACAUCCAGACUUUGAGGGAGUUUUCUGUUGAUGGAACGGCCAUAACAGAGCCUCCUUCUUUUGUAUUCUCUCAAUACAACCUUCAAGUAUUAAAAUUUGGUCGACAUGAGAGGAUCCGAUCUAGACGGUGGACUUCAAUUUCCCAACCUUCAAGGUUACCAAGUAAGAUGCAGCAUCCCCAAAAUCUCGUAAUGCCUUCAUUGGUGAAUUUAUGUUUCUUACGAGAAUUAAUAUUUAGCCAUUGCAAUAUAUUGGAAGUGCCUGAUAGCAUUGGAGGCUUAUCAUGUCUAGAAUCUCUAAACUUGGAUGGGAACAACUUUACUAGUUUGCCUGGAUGUUUAACUCAACUUUCUCAUCUUCAACAUCUUCAACUUUCUGGUUGCAAGAAGCUGGAAGUGUUGCCAGAACUUCCACCUAGCCUUCGUAGUCUUUCUGCAGAGGAUUGCACCUCCUUGCGUGAAGAAUCAUAG